AUGUCCAAGCUGCAGCAACGGAGGACACGGGGGAAAGAUAUCAUUGAAGCGAUAUCUUGGACCGGUCGGUCGUUGACUACAAUCUACGCCGGCAUCUCCAUUUCGCAACGCGACUACGGAGAUAGUAGGGCCGCCAUCGCCUUUCGGAAUUCGGCAUACCUAUUCGACUAUGUCAUGUUUGAUGUGCCUGCUGAGUCCUCUCUUACGGUUUGCAAUCGGAUCGUCUCCGAAUUGCGGACGUACAGUGAGAAGCACAUGGAAAAGAUCGUAGGUCUGGCCAUGCCACUGUCCCUGGCCGACAAGUACCCAUCUUUCGGUCCUCAGCUCUGGCGGGAACUGGAUAUUCUACCUCUAGUUCUGGAACACAAAGAACGUGCAAGGGCGGAUGCCGACCAAGGCGAAUUGGCGACAUUCUCAUCAUGGAACACCAAGGAGCUGGAUGAACAGGCGGACUCCAUGGUCAGAAAGUGUAUGCGGUCUUUCGGCGUGGGCCAUGUCCUGCAGGGGGAGAUUGGUCUCGGGAGCUUGGUAGGCGUUGACCGGAAUUUUCGAGUGCGGUUGGCCGAUUUGGAAGACUACCAGGAGACGGUGAAUGCUCGGACAUGGUCCAUUGCUCAACAUUAUGCAGACGAACUCAAGCGACGGAAUGUGAAAAUUGCGUUCUUUAGCUUGUCCUCGCAUGGGAGACCGGAUAUCCAUACGAGGCACUCACUGGUGAGGCUCUUACAUUAUCUGGGGGUCAAUGUUCAAUGGUAUGUCCCGAAGCCACGUCCAGGGAUGAAUAGCAUUAUUCGGAAGAUGCAAGAUACCCUAGAAGGAUUGGGUGGAAGGGAUGAUUCCAUCACCAUCGAAGAGGAAAUGUGUAUUCUGCAAUGGGUCUAUGAAAACGCCCGACGAUACUGGCUCUGUGAAGAUGAUCCUUUGCAGGCUCGUUCCAAGGGCGGUGCAGACAUUGUAGUCAUCGACGACGUGCCCCUUACUCCCGCAGCAUUAUUGUCGAAACAGGUCGAUCCGGGACGACCAGUUAUUUUUGAAAAUCGACUUCAAGUCCAACGGAGCGCGUUGCAGGAUGCGAGUGACUUUUCGACACGUUUGUGGGACUUCCUGCGGGAACGUCUCAAGCAUGUGGAUCUUAUCGUAUCCCAGGCCCCGAAAGAGCUGGUACCGGAUAUCAUGCCGCAGAAGAAGGUUGGCUAUAUUCCUGUGUCUGUAGAUCAGUAA